GUUUUCUCUACGUUACAUAGGACAUGAGAUGCAAUAUGGCAUAGCAACUCGCGACACAUUACCUGCUUUCGCCUUAUUGGAAAAUCUGCCGCCACUGCAAGUGUCCACCUGAAGUCCACGACAUGUCCAUCGGCGGGGAGGAGAUGGGCGUCGGUCCCAGGAGCUCCAGCCGGGCAACACGUGACCUGAAGCGGAACUCUACGUCGGACGACGACAGUGGGUGUCCGCUGGAGGAGUUCGCCUGGGUCCCACCUGGGCUGCAGUCAGAACAGGUCCAUCUCUACUUCAGCAGUCUGCCUGAGGAGCGGGUCCCUUACCUCAACAGUAUCGGCGAGAAGAAUCGAAUACGCCAGUUGCUGCAGCAGCUGCCGCCUCACGAUAACGAGGUUCGAUACUGUCACGCGCUCUCCGAGGUGGAACGCCAUGAGCUGCGCAUGUUCAGCGCCCAGCGGAAGCGGGACGCCCUGGGCAGGGGGUCGGUCCGGAUGUUGCAUCAGGAUUCAAAGACGGUCAAGUGCUAUCAGUGUUCCCAGGAUGUGAGCCCGGGAGACAUGGGCGUGUUCGCCUCACGGAUGGAGGGCGAGUCGUGCUGGCACCCGGCCUGUUUUGUCUGCUCCACCUGCCACGAGCUGCUGGUUGACCUGAUCUACUUCUACCACGAGGGUCAGCUCUACUGUGGACGUCAUCACGCCGAGCUGCUCAAGCCCAGGUGUGCCGCUUGUGAUGAAAUUAUUUUUGCUGAUGAAUGCACAGAAGCUGAGGGAAGCAGUUGGCACAUGAAGCACUUCUGUUGUUUAGAAUGUGACAGACAGCUUGGUGGCCAGCGUUACAUCAUGCGUGACGGUCGCCCCUACUGCUGCUCCUGCUAUGAGAAUAUGUUUGCUGAAUACUGUGACACCUGUGGUGAGCACAUCGGCGUUGACCAGGGUCAAAUGACGCAUGACGGCCAACACUGGCAUGCGUCGGAGAUGUGUUUCAGGUGUCACACUUGUCAGACGAGUCUACUCGGCCGACCUUUCCUGCCCAAACAUGGGGUCAUUUACUGCUCGGCCGCGUGCAGCAGGGCGGGAUCAAUGACCACACAGACCCCGCGCAGGCCGGAAGAUUACUUGGUCAACAUGCAAGAAGCCAGGGUCAGCUCGCCUGUGAGUCAUGUCAUGCAGGAAGGCCGAGCUGGGAUACAGGAGGUGCUACGGCAGCAGUACACCCUCCCAGACAGCCUCCCCUCGUCAGACAGGGACCAGGGCUACGCCACCAGCAGCAACAGCGAGGUCUACGCACCAGGCAUGUUUGAAGUGCAUGCUGGGCAGGUUGAUGAAGAAGAGGUGGAGCCCAUUUACACUCUGAAUAUAGACGGCCUGGUGGAUGCUCUCCCUCUACAAGAAGCCAAACGUAGAAACAGACUCUCACAGUUCUCUAUGCCAGACCUUAGCCAAGGGGGGCAACCUUCUUCUCAUAACUCGGUAACACCCCAGUCAGAAACCAGGAGUGACCCAGUUUCACCUGGCAGUGAGGAUCCAAGCCAGCCGGAGUCUGAUAGAAAUAUAAGUGUGCAUUACGCCUCGGUCAGCGUGCCACACCACCACCCUGCAGAUGACCCUAACACCAUGAUGUCGCCUGCAGCGGUCAUGAUGAUGCACCAGAGCAAUGGUAAAAACCACCUGCACCACCACCACCACCACCAUGUCAACCAGAACAUGGACCCAUGCUACUCUGGCUUCCCCCAGAACGGGGUGCCCCCCUCUAAUAUGUUUCCAGUGUACCGCCAAGCCCAGCCGUCUUCUGUCAGAUCCUACCCUGAGCUACCCAACACCAGAUUAAUUGAAAAACGGGACCCCCUCCCACAACUGAAUAGACCUCCACCUCACCCUAGAAAUGCCUCAGGGAUCCCGUUACCAGACUCUUUGAAAAUGAACCCCAUCUCUCGACCCCCAAGUAGUCAAACCAGAACCCCGCCUAGCAGAGAACCACGCAGUCCUCGACCUAACGGUUGCCCUCGCAGCCAAAGUUUUGAAGGCCGUCCUGGCAGCGCGCCUACACAGCAACCAAGCACCUCCUCCAGCAUGAGCAGGUCCAUCAACCAAAACACAACAAACUCUCACAACAACAACUCCAACCACCAUCAGUCACGCGGGCACCGUCAGCCUCGCCCUGUCGUACUGGACAGCUCAGCGGCUGACCGCUUCAUGUACGGCAACUUUGACGACGACAGAUGCAGCACCUGCUCCAGCUCAAGUAGUUCAGACGACUUUGACUACAACUACCACUUCUAUGCCAGGAACGCCAACAAAAUCUCCUAUGUGGAUGACAUGGGCAUUGGCGGAACAGUAGGGAACCAAUCUGCCUUACAAUCAAGGGGACGCAGGCAUAGACAAAAGAAUAAGCAGUGUGUCGUGCAAUAGAGAUUAGUGCAUUCAUUGAAGGCUGAAGUGUAAUAUUAGUACCAGCUUGCUGUCUCUCUGAAAGACGCCAAUAUUUUGAAAUACUCAACAAUCAGGAUGACCUGAAAUUACUUUUUUUUUUAAAAACAAAUUACAAAUUUUCAAAGUUGUUUGGAAUUUAAAACCCAAUUCUUCAAAUAUUAAAUUGUAUGUACAAUUGCUCUUAUCUGUACAAUAAAUUGUUGUAUAAUUUUAAUAAUCAUUGAAGAAACAAUUAGUAUUAAGGCAUUUAAGUGCUAAAUGAUGGUGGAGAUAUUUUUGGAAGUGCAAUGAAAUUGUGGCGAUACUUUUCUGGAUGUAAUGGCCUAUCCCAGUGGUUCAAGACUAAAUGGAGACUUCCAACAUUGAAUUUGUGAUGACUUUGUCAAGGAGCUGUAUUUCUUUCUCUGUAUCUUGGUGUGUCAUUCUGUGUUGAAUAUAAGCUGGUGUUAUGAUGUGUUUGAAUUAACUGUUAAUUAGAAGAAGUCUAUUUGAGUGUAAUUGUUGCUACUUUUUGUUUAGAGCUAAUGUUACUAAUAAAGUACACCCAAAAGAUAAGAAAAAAAAUUAUACUGUUUGUUAGGAUUUGUAAUUAUUA